GUUCCCGUGCAGCUUGCUUCAGUGUGUCCUCGUGCUACAAAGCUGAGCGCGUCAACGCGCGCUGCACGGCUGACAGUAUUACAAGUGAUCAGGCGAGGGCAACUUUUACCAGAGCUGCUGUGCGGCUUACAGUAGUUGCUGUCUUUUGGAUACUGACAGCUUGUGUUUGUAUAAAACAAUUGUCUCGCGAAAAACUAAAUAUUUUCUGUAUUGGAUUGACUAUUUGUGUAUAUUCCAUAUAAAUACGGGAAAUUAUAUUAUUGGCAAAGAGGAUUUACAGCAUUUCUGAGGGCAAGACAGCGUGAGUAGCAGUGGUGCUACAAAGCAGUCUGUGUAUAUAUUGUAAGGAUACAGCUUAAGAACAGUAAUACUAAAGCCAUGGUGAUCAUGUCAGAUUGCACUACAUACCCUGCUCCAAGUCAGACUCAAAAAAGACCCCUGCGGGUUGGAUUUUAUGACAUCGAAAAGACCUUGGGAAAGGGCAACUUUGCAGUGGUUAAACUGGCCAGGCACAGAGUUACCAAAACCCAGGUUGCAAUAAAAAUUAUAGACAAGACUAGGCUAGAUGCAGCCAACCUAGAAAAAAUCAAGCGAGAAGUUCAGAUUAUGAAACUUGUGAAUCACCCGCAUAUUGUCAAGUUGUAUCAGGUUAUGGAAACAAAAGACAUGCUGUACAUUGUAACUGAGUAUGUCAAGAAUGGAGAAAUGUUUGAUUACUUGACUUCACAUGGUCGCUUGAGUGAAGAUGAAGCUCGCAAAAAGUUCUGGCAGAUCCUGUCAGCAGUGGAGUAUUGCCAUAACCAUCACAUUGUUCACAGGGACCUUAAAACAGAGAACCUUCUCUUAGAUGCCAACAUGAACAUCAAGCUAGCAGAUUUUGGAUUUGGCAACUUUUAUAAGCCUGGUGAGCCUCUGUCAACAUGGUGUGGAAGUCCUCCGUAUGCAGCUCCUGAGAUCUUUGAAGGAAAGGAAUAUGAAGGACCACAGCUUGACAUCUGGAGCCUUGGUGUGGUCCUUUAUAUUCUUGUUUGUGGAUCUCUUCCCUUUGAUGGCCCUACAUUACCUGCUUUAAGGCAAAGAGUAUUGGAAGGACGAUUCCGCAUUCCGUAUUUCAUGUCCCAAGACUGUGAAAAUCUAAUUCGCCGCAUGCUGGUUGUUGAUCCAUUGAAACGAAUAACAAUUGCUCAGAUAAAACAACAUCGGUGGAUCCAAGCUGAUGCUUCCCUUCCAAUGCAGACCUUGUCCUACUCUCUAGAUGAUUAUAAUUCCAACCUUGGGGACUACAGCGAGCAGGUGCUUGGAAUUAUGCAGAGCCUUGGCAUUGACAGGCAACGCACUGUUGAGUCUCUGCAGAAUAGCAGCUAUAACCAUUUUGCAGCCAUUUACUACCUUCUGCUGGAGCGUAUCAAGGAGCAUAAAAACAGUCUGCUGCUUAAUCGUCAAACUGCAUGUCGUCAGCAAAGACCAAGAAGUACAGAAAUCACCACUGCAGAAGUGCCUCAGGAAACUCUUACUACAGAUUGCUUGAGAUCACCUCUUAUGGUUCAGCAGCCACAAAAUGUGGCACCUUCUUCCUUUCCCACUGAAAUGGACUGCGAUUCCAGUAGCAUGUUCCAGCCUGUAUUGUUUCCUGUGGAUCCAUCAUUCAACGGUAUCCUUCAAAAUCGCCCAAUUUCUCCAAAUAGUUUGCUGGAAACCACCAUUACUGAGGAUGUAAGACAGGAGAGGAACAUGGAAGAAGAUGCUAUGCAGUUCCGCAAUUCUCCUUGCGUGCCAAACACCACCAGCAGAAGACACACGUUAGCAGAGGUCUCAACAUGUUGCCACCAGUGUACCCCACCUUGUAUCGUUAUCUCAGCAUCUCCUUCCCCUUCAGAUGGCACCAGCUCUGACAGUUGUCUUAGUUCCUUCUCAAAUGACACUUAUCUUCCACCCAACAACUGCCUAAUGAGCCAAGUGGCAAGUUCGGGCUUAACUCCAGUUAAGAUGAUGCCAGUGUUCCUGAACACCCAGUCCACUACACCUGUGCUGCAGGCCCAAGGAUGCAUGAGUGGUGCUAGUUUGCUUCCGGUCAGUUUCCAGGAGGGCCGUCGUGCCUCAGAUACUUCAUUAACUCAAGGGUUAAAGGCAUUUAGACAACAGCUGAGGAAAAAUGCAAGAGCAAAAGGUUUUCUUGGGCUGAACAAAAUCAAAGGUCUUGCUCGCCAGGUGUGCCAGUCUCCUUCUUCUCGGUUUGCAAGGAGUGGAUUGAGUCACUUUCCAGCACCACAGAGUGGAAGUGUGUUAAGCAAUGGGGGAAACAGAGACGGGAGAAGCCUUCUGGAAGAAGUGUUGCAUCAACAGAGAAUGCUACAGCUGCAGCACCAGCAGGCCAUCCAGUCGGUCAGUCCACAACCACCCCAGCACAUUGGCCAGAUGCACUCCAUGUUCAGCUUUGUAAAGACAGCAGUACACAAGCCCUCCAAUGGCCUCUUGUUGGGUGAGUUGCAGCGGGAGAGUU